CCUUCCUCGGAGAACACAGAGAGCUUUGAGCGUUGCCAUAGCAGUCGGUUAUGACUUCCAUAAGGACAAGAAAACGUUGUUGACACUCUUGAGCUCUGUUUCCAUUCAACAACAAAGCACACGGCAAUUUUCUCCAAGGAAGAGGGGCACGCUUGCCAAACACAAGCAGGAAAAAGAGAGCACAAAUUGCACAAACAGCCAACAGCAUCUCUUUCAUCGCUCUGGCCUUACGCGCCACCUCAUAGUAUUUAUACUUACCGCUGUUG